AUGUUUGCAUACUUCGUGAUCACGGCUUUACUCUGCAGUACCGUCAUUCCCUCCGUUCAAGCUCAGAUACCAAAAUUGGUCCUGGAGGAACCUCCUAUCCUUCUCGGAAGCAUCCACGGCAGCCCAAUCGUGAGCGUUUUUCAUGGCCCUUCGGAUUUGAUCAAGGAUGACUUCCAGAGCAAGGACACUGAGGAUGAUCCAUUGUACGGAAAAAUGGGUCCAAUUAAAAAUUGA